ACAUUUACAAUUACAGGAUUCAUUAAAAAGGUGCGUUAAACUUACCUUUAAAGUAAAUAUGGCAGGAAAGGAUAAUACACAUAACGCGUUUACAGGAAAUGCGACUACAACUGGAGAAAGUAACACAACAUACAAAUACGCUGCCUUUUUGCCGAUUCCUGUAGUUUUGAGUUUAAUUUUGUUUCUUAUUGGGUUUGUAACACCCGGAUGGUCAGGCGCGAAAAUAGAAGGAACAUUUUAUGGCUCUGGAUUGUGGUACGAUUAUGUGUGUCACGCAGGAUCAGAUUGUGAAACCAAGCCUUUUGCUCAUAAAAGUAUGGUGUUAGGUGAUGAACUAGCAGAAGCAGUUGAAAAAUCCGUUUUGAAAUAUCGAGUAAUGGCAUGUUUAGCUUUGGCUUUCCAAAUAUUUGCAACAAUCUUGACAUUGUUGGCUCGAGUACCAAAGGCGAACUUUAAACAAUACCUGUUUACCUUCACUGGCAUCUGUGGCUUAUGUUUGUUUCUUUCAGCUUUGUUCAGUUUGGUCACAUCAGGGAUGCAUGUACACCAGAUUAUCAAGGCUUAUAAGGUCUACAAGAAAUAUAUAUACCUCUUUGAAGAAAUGCCUUUUAUAUUUCCGUAUUCCUUGUUUUUGUUCGGCAUCGGAGGAAUAAUUUCCGCGUUGACAAUGUGUUUCAUAAUGGGAACAUUUUGCUCCAAGCGCAUGCCAAUUAAUGGGCCCACUGGAAGCACCAUACUGAUGUCUUAGUGUGUUGUUCAAAUGUCUUAAACAGGAAAUUCAGUUCUCAACAGAUUUGUUAAACUUGUGAAUUAAUCAACGACGUUUCGUUUGACCAUGCCAAUGACUAUGCAGUACAAUCCACUUUCUUGCAUACCGGAUGUGUGUUUCCGGUCAUGUGACCGGUGCUGGAAACAAUCUUCUUGCAUACCGGACGUGUAUUUGAAUCUAAAUGAACCGUUUUUAAAGGGUCAUUCGAGGUUAUAGUACUGCCACAGAUUUAUUGAAUAUACAAUAUGUAGGACGGUUAAAUUUGUUUAUCCGAUAUUAUUUUAAAAUAGAAAAAAGGUUUAAUCCAACGUUUAUGGAAAAUGAAGAGACUUUACAUUUAUCAUUGUUAAUCAUUGUUGAAUUAUGUCUGUCUGUUUGUCUGUGGACGAUGAACAGUGUCAUUCAUAUCGAGUCUACUGUUUCACAUCUUUAUUUCCGAACGAUAUAUCUUUACAAUGGAAUACUUUAUUCUUGAAAAUUAAUAACCUUCUACUAAUGAUAUAUGUUACAAAUGAAACUAGAGGGACACAUGCAAACUAUAGGUGUUGACUUAAAAUACUAAACGUUACGAACCCUGUUCAGUUAAUUAUUGAAUAUAAUUUAUCUUUUUAUUUACUUAUUUACCCAUAAUAUUCUGUUUAUAAUUUCAAUUAAUAAAAAAGUAUGCAUGUU